CAUUGGAAAAGACAGCGCAGCAUUGGAGUGACGCAGCUUGGAAUUCCUAAAUUUCCGACGUUCAAGACCUGAACGCUGUCUGUAAAAUCAAAUUACGAGGACUAUUCAAGCUAAAACGGUGAAAUUUAAGUGAAAUAAGCGGGAAUACGUUGUAGUUGCUUCGCUGAGCCUCAAGGGGGCGAUGUCUGACAACAGCAGCAGCACAGGCAGCAGCCGCAGUGGAUCCUUGACCACCAGUUGGACCAUGCUGUCCCCAGAGGAAGCUGCUGAAAGCGUGGGUCCAGUGGAUGAUGGGACUGAGAGUCUUUGUGAUGUCCCUAGUCUGUCAGAGGAAGUCGCAGGGGCCACUGUGGAGUCUAAGCCGAGUGACCCAGAGACUCCAAUAGAAACAGUGCUGUCAGAGGUGGGCCAACAGGUCUGUACUGUUUGCCAGGAAAUGGCUCCUGAUACCUGUGAGGGCCCUGUCCCCUCCAGCCCUACCCUGUUAAGCCCAUCCCUGACUAGCCAUGUGCCCCUUGACCCUGACCUGGAGAUUCAACCUGAACCCCCUAUCAUCCAUUCUAUGGUAACCAGCUCCCCCACUGACAAUGAGCAACUCGCUGCCAUGCCCUUUGUCAGUCAUGUCGACCUGGUUGUGCCACUGGAUGCAUCCUUCACAGAACCACCCCCCUCAGAGGUUGAGCCUGAGUUAAGCACCGUCCCUGAGAGCUCUACCCUUGAUACCCACACUGAUACAGGCCCUGUACCUGGGAGUAUUGCCCUAGAAACUAGUGCCAAACCUGACAUAAGUAUUCACACAGAGACUCCCACCCCAACAGGCCCCCCAUCUGUCACUGAUAUUGACCCUGCCCCAGAACUGCUUGCUGCUCCAGAAAGCCCAGCCCCUGAUAGUCCUCCUCCAGAUACCAUUGGUUCAGAGGAUGCACCAGAAGAGCCAGCACUGGAAACAGAGGAGACAGAAUUGCCUGAAAAAGUGACUUAUAUACCAAAGGAAAAAGACUCUCCCAGUAGCUUUGACUUUGGAAGAGCUGACACGAGUGCUGAGGAAGGAGAUGGUCUGAGGAGGAGAAAUGUGGCACCAAAAAUGACAUCGGACGAGGAAGAUGAGGUGGAGGUGGAGUUCAAACUGGCAGAGAGGACAGGGGAGAAGAAGGGCUUCUCUAUGAACACAUGCAUUGUGGGUGCCCUGAUCCUGCUCUGUCUAGGGUCUCUCUUCCUCUCCGAUGACUCGGACGAGCUGAGUGGGGCAGAACAAAACCAGGACUGGCUAGACGAUCCUCAGAAGAUGAAGGAGCUUUUGGAUAAACUGACACAAGAAAAUCUGCAAAUCUCCCAGUUAGAAACACAGCUCCAGGCCCAUAAAGAAGAACUUGACUCAGCACUAAAUGAAAGAUCAGCAACGGGUAAUGAAAACGGAAAAGGAGAUCUGGAGCAAGAAAAUACUAUGAAAGAAGAGCUGUCGUCCCUGCCUGGCUUGAAGGAGGAGCUGGAGUCGCUGAGGGCCAGAGUGACCGAACUGUCCCGACUCACUGCAGCCAACCAGGACACACCCCCACUGCCCUCAAGCCCAACUCCACCACCUACUGGCCAACCUGGGAUUAGCAACCAGAGUAGCACCACAACAGGGCCUGAAAGGAGGAGUGACCCGAGAGAGGGGGCCAGGGUGAAGGAAGAGCUUCAGAGGCAGAAGGUGCUGUUGGAGGAAAGCAGGAAGAGACUGGAAGGGAUGAAGAAGGAUGGGAACAAGAAGGAUGAAGGGUACCAGAAGAGGGUGAGGGAGAGCCUGGCUGAGAUCCAGAGGAGGCUCAGUGAGCAGGUGGAGAAGAUGGGGAAGAGGAGUGAGGGCAAGAAAAAGCCAUGGGAGAGCGGGAACAAGAAGGACGGGAAGAAAGGCAAGGACAACAGCAAAGACCACUGGAAAAAGGAAGAGAAGAAGGCGUGGAAAGGAGAGAAGGACUGGAAACACGGCAAAGACAAGGAGGGCAGAUGGAAGGAGAAAGAUGAGAGAAAGGAGAGGGACUGGAAGGCAAACAAAGGAAACUCUCAUAAAGAGGCCUGGGGGAAAUCCCAGGAUGAGUGGGAGAGAGAGAAGAACGAGCGCAGGAUGGACAGGGAUAAAAGAAAGCAGGAGAGGCCCUGGCAGUCCAGGAAAGACUACAAGAAAAAGACUGAUCAUCACCAUGAACAAGACUCCAACCAUCAGGAGCAACAUCAGCCCCACCUGUAUGAACACACAAGCUUCUGGAAGCACCAGGAGGAGAAACUCGGACGCAACGUUCGCCCCCUGGCGGGCUGCAGCAGUGUUGAGGACUGCGCUAGCCAGGAAGGGCUCUUUCCCGUGGAACUGUCUGAAUUUGAGGAGUUGUUAGACGGCUACCUGAGCAAGCUGGAGAGGGCUACAUCGGACAGCAAGGCCGAGAUCCAGAAGCUGGCCGCCAUGUUUUUUAGAGACGGUGUGUUCGUCCAUGACAAAGUUCUCUUCAGUGACUUCGCUGAAGAUGUGGCGGACAUUUUAGAGGACAUGGUGGACAUUUUGGAGGUUGAUGGGCGGGAUGAUGAAGCCCUGGAGGAGACGAUGGAGGAGUUUGAGCGAGAAGCUUUGUGGAAGUUUACAGCCACUACAUAGAUAGAAAAUGGAAAACCAAGAUACAGCAAUGGUAUUACAUGGUGGUUUACAGCAGGUGUUUUAAGGCUUCCGGCACAAGGAGUGAUCUUGCAUCUCGUAAACAUGUCCCUAGCUCUGCAUCUGUAAUUAGCUGAAGUCGUUACCUCCCUAUGUCAGUUCAUGUCAUGUCUUUAAUGCCAAGUCCUACAUGUUGACAGUUGUGUGGAGUUGAUUUGCCUACAGUGUUUGGCACUUUAUAAAAUGUAAUGUCGCAGUUCAAGAUCAAAACAGGAUAAGAUUCACAGCAAUGUGAACUCUAUGCUCCCACAUCAACUGAUUGCUGAUCAGUCUCUUCUAUGUUGUCAUCGUUAGGAUCAGAUCUAGUUGAACCGGUUCUGUAUCAGCUCUGUUAGCUUCUGUUGUAUCAGCUCUGCAAACAUACAGCGCUGUGUAUAGGCCCUUAGUGCUUGGUUUCUGGUUUUUACUAAUUGUCUUACCAUUUGAGUAUAACUGUCGGUGAAAGCAGAACACUCUGGAACAUUUAAUGAAAGCAGAAGGUGUCCUGCCAAGUCAGGAUGGAGGCCCAGCACUGCUGCCUCAAUCGCUUUGACACAAGCAGUAGUUCUUACUACUAAUUCACACUGAGACCAUGAUUGUACUGUCCUAAUGUGGCAGGAAUCGAUUCUAAUAGCUCAGUGUACUAUGUUGUGCUGAGUUAGACAUAUAGAUAAAGGAGUGCAAAGCCAUAUUGGCAAUUUGAUGCAUCUGAACUAUUUGUUUUUGACACAUUUUGAGCACUGUUAUUGGUUGCAUUUUCCUUUUUAAAGUUAUUUUGAGUACUGUGCUGUAACCUGGAAAAUACCCAGUAACACGAUUUUGGGAUGUGUCUAUAUGAGAUCAGUUUAACUGAUGUUCUGUCAAGCAAUGCCAUUUACAUUGAGUUCACGCCAGAUUUCAAAGUCAAACUAAGUACAAGGUUAUGACAUUGGUACAUAUUAAAAGUAAUUGUUGGUACUUUACAAGAGUUGAACCUGUACACAUUUCAGGAUGACUGUUUCCCUUGUUUUUAUGUUAACUGUUGUCACACUCACUGUAUCAAUUACAUUAGGCAUUCAGGAUUUCAUAGCUUAUUUGUGUUUUUUGAAGAACUAUAAGACUAAUCCCUAAUUUUGCUUGUCCUGGCCUCAACAACACAUUUAUCAUUUUAACAUCAAACCAACAUUAGCUGUUCAAAUGGCAUAUGUCCCAGACAGUAUAUCAUGUGAAAGAAAUUGCUUGAAAGUCUGACAUUUUGUGACGAUUUUGUUUCUGCCAGCUAUGUGCCUUUUAUUUAUAAGUCCAUUUUCACACUUGGAUUGACAGUGUUUGACAGACGACUAAAUUGGUUUGAUUCUGUAAGCUUAAGAAUUCAAGCAAUUUUUUUCACUUGAUUGGUUAUGAUCCGGUACUCCAUUUGUGAAUUUAAUUAGAUAUAGUAAGUAAUCUUUCAGAUAUUUUUGGUUGAAUUUAAAACCUGUAAAUGAAUUGUUCAAGCUUUUUGACCAAAGAAGUCUAGCGAUGAUGUGGAUAAAUACUUAAAAUAAUAAGCAACGAGAGAUUAUAAACAAACAGCAUAAGAUGAGGAAAUUAAGUUUAACUCUCCAAAUGCACACGAUUACAUUUUCAGAGUAUAUUAAAAAAAACAUACUUAUUUUUUAGGUAUUCAUUCAAGUGGAGGAUAUAUUGUUUUAUCAAAAUGUUCUUUUACAAUGGACAUAUCCUUUAGAAUAGUUAGGAGUCAGGACAGUCCCAGUUUAGCAUUUAAUUGAUACAUGUACAGAAAGUCCUGAAUCAGGUGUUUUGAUUUAAGCUGAAUGAGUAGUCUCGUCUCAGCAGCCAUUUCUCUUAGUGGGUUUGUGUUGGACUUUUAAGUUAAGAUUACAAUAAAAAAAAAUCAUCUUGAAA